AUAAACCAUGGAAGUUAAUGAAAGGAUCGUGAAGAAAAGAAAGGUAAAUCGUGCAAAGCAACCUGUAAAUAUGGUACACCGAGAAAAACGCAUGCCUUCGAGGGCAUUGUAUACUAAAAAGUUUAAAGCACCUUUGAAGAAAGUUCGCAAAAAUGAAUAUGAUCCAAAAGAAGAAGCCAGGUUAGAAAAUAUCGUAUUUGGCGAUCCCAGCGAUAUUAUAAAUAAUUUGCCAAACGAAGAAGAAUCGAAUGAAAGUAAAACUGUUACUACAAGUAGCAAUGAUUCAGAACAUUCUAAAGAAGCAGCAUGGGUUGAUGAAGAUGAUGUUAAAUAUUCAGUACAAGCUGCUGCAAGGAUACAAGGUAGAAAAAUUGACAGCAGUGUACCACAAAAGUUAUAUAAAGACUAUUUACACAAUAAAUAUAAACAACUUGUGGGUACUCCAAAGUGGGCAGAGCUUAACAGAGUAGACAAAGAAUCUGAUGAUUUAGACAAUGAAAUAUUAAAGCAUAGCUGCCAUUUAGAGAAACCUAAAGUAAGAAACUUACCAAAAGAUAUAAUAGAUAUAAAAGCACUGACUCCCAUAAAUAAGCAAACACAUACAGAAGGACCAAUUGUAUCCAGUGUUGAAUUUCAUCCAACUUCUACUGUUGCCUUAGUUGCUGGUUCAUCUGGAAUUUUAUCUCUUUUUCAAGUAGAUGGUAUUGAAAAUAAUAAACUGCACACAAUGCAAUAUAAGAAGUUUCCCAUUAGUACAGCAAAAUUUUUGCAAGAGGGUACAGAAGUCUUGCUUGGUUCUCAAUAUUAUUCGCAUUGUCAUUCUUAUAAUUUACUCAGUGGAAAGACAUAUAAAGUACUACUACCACAUGGGGUCACUAAUAUGCAGAAAUGCGAAGUGUCUCCAGAUGGGAAAUUAUUAGCACUUUGCGGACGAUUGGGUGAAAUUUUCUUAUUAGCAAGUUCAACCAAAGAACUUGUAGCUACCUUAAAAAUGAAUACAAGAUGUAGGGCAUUGUGUUUCACUUCAGACAAUAAGAAUCUUAUUACACAUGGUGAUAGCAAUGAAAUGUACAUUUGGGAUUUGAACAGUCGUAUGUGUAUUCAUCGAGCUGUAGAUGACGGAUGUCUAUCUUGUGAGUCAAUUGCGAUGUCUCCGAGUGGUCAAUUUUUAGCAACAGGUAGUAAAGAAGGUGUAGUUAAUUUGUACGAUACUAAAACGGUGUUAGAAAAUCAAAUUCCAGUUCCUUUGAAAAUUGUUUUAAAUCUUGUAACGUCAGUUACCAGUUUGAAAUUUAAUUCCCAUUCUGAAAUAUUAGCAAUGUCUUCAAACAAAAAGCAUAAUGCUUUUAAGAUGAUGCAUUUACCAUCAUUUACAGUCUUUUCAAAUUUUCCAACGUUUCAAACAAAUAUAAUGAUGCCAGAAACCAUUGAUUUUUCACCAAGCAGUGGUUACUUAUCAGUUUCUAAUAGAUCAAACAGUGCUUUUUUGUAUAGAUUAAAACAUUAUGGAAAUUACUAGGGAUAAAUCAUCUGGUAAAAUAUAGUAAAAAUUAAGAACACGUUUCGGAUAUUGAAUAGAUUUAUUUAUAUACAAAGUGCAUAUGUCUAUAACAAUUACAAGUGUUAUUCUUUUUGUUACUUUGAAUACAUAUAUACGUAUUUUACUCAAUGGAUUACCUGUACCGCGGCAUAUUAAUGUCGUAUAAAAUCGAAUAAAAAAUGUUUGACAUUUAA